UGUCACUUUUAGGUUAGGUUACGGAUUUUUCAACACAUCCACAUUUUUGCACUUUUCAGGUGAACUGUUUGAUAACGAGCUUUAAAAGUUUGAUACAAUGCCGACAGUUGGAGUAAAGAGAGAUUUGUUGUUCAAAAAAUUAGGAAAAACCUACACUGAUGUUGGAUUUCAACACCUUUGCUUCGAAUUCGGUCUAGAAUUAGAUGAAGUGACAACAGAGAAGCAGAUCAUAGCAAAAGAGCAAGGUGGAGAUUCUAAACUAACGAGUCAAGCAUCUGAAGAAAUUUUAUAUAAAAUUGACAUACCAGCUAAUAGAUAUGAUCUUUUAUGCCUCGAAGGGCUUGUACAGGGUUUGCUCGUCUUCCAAGGCCAUAUGCCACCUCCUAUAUACAAAGCUGUUAAACCUGCAAACGGGGAUGUAGAAAAGCUUAUUAUAAAGCCAGAAACAGCUAAGAUACGACCCUACGCAGUAGCUGCAAUUUUGAGAAAUAUAACAUUUACUCAAGAUAGUUACAACAGUUUCAUUGAUCUACAGGAUAAAUUACAUCAAAAUAUCUGCAGGAAACGUAGCCUGGUUGCUAUAGGUACUCAUGAUUAUGACACAAUUCAAGGACCAUUUACUUAUGAUGCUAAGCCACCUAAAGAUAUCAAGUUUAUUCCUUUAAACCAAGAAAAAGAGUAUACUGCUAUAGAGCUUAUGGAUUUGUAUUCAACCCAUGCCCAAUUGAAACAGUAUUUACCUAUUAUUAAGGAUAGUGCUGUAUACCCAGUUAUUACAGACAAGAAUGGUGUAAUUCUGUCUCUUCCACCAAUAAUCAAUGGUAAUCAUUCAAAAAUUACACUUAAGACAAAGAAUGUGUUCAUUGAAUGCACCGCUACAGAUUUAACAAAGGCAAAAAUAGUAUUAGAUACAAUAGUCACUAUGUUCAGUGUGUACUGUGCUACGAAAUAUACAGUAGAAAAAUGUGAAGUCAUAAAUCCGAAUGGAACUAAAGCUAUAUAUCCCACAUUGAGGUAUAGGCAAGAAAAUAUUUCUGUCAAAAAGGUCAACAAAAAAAUUGGAAUUGAUGAAACCCCUGAAAAUAUUGUUAAACUGCUGUCAAAGAUGUGCCUCACAUCAGAAUUGAUACCUGGCAGUAAAAAUUCUGUCAAGGUGACAGUUCCUCCUACCAGACAGGAUGUCAUUCAUGCCUGUGAUAUCUAUGAAGAUGUUGCUAUUGCUUUUGGUUAUAACAACAUUAAGAGAACUCUUCCAAAGACUAGUACGAUAGGGGAGCAGCUACCUAUAAACAAGCUUACUGAUUUACUCAGGUAUCCCAUUGCGAUGGCGGGUUUUACUGAGGCUCUUACUUUCACCUUGUGUUCCAAAGACGAUAUUUCAACAAAAUUGGGCAUUGAGUUGAUAAGUAGUCUACCAGCUGUCCACAUAUCCAACCCAAAAACGCUAGAGUUUCAAGUAUGUCGCACUACUUUGUUGCCGGGCAUUUUGAAAACGAUUGCAAGCAACAAAAAAAUGCCCCUCCCAAUGAGAAUUUUCGAAAUAUCAGACGUCGUGCUCAAAGAUCCUGAUACUGAGGUGGGGGCGAGAAAUGAAAGAAGAAUAUGUGCAGUAAAUUGCAACAAAGCUGCCGGAUUUGAAAUAGUCCAUGGCUUGUUAGACAGGAUAAUGUUGCUUCUAGAAGUGCCUUGGGCCAAAAACAAGGAUUCUAACAUUAAUGGGUAUCAUUUGAAUGCCACAUCAGAUCCCACAUAUUUCCCUGGACGCUGUGCUGAUGUGAUGUGUUACGGAAAACCAAUAGGAAAGAUUGGAGUUGUGCAUCCAGACGUAUUAGCGCAGUUUGAGCUCACCAACCCUUGUUCAGCAUUAGAAAUCAAUUUAGAGCCAUUUCUAUGAAUGAUGCUUUUGAUUGCUUAAUUUAUUUUACUGAAUAAGAAAUUAAAGUUUGUUGUGAUCUUCA